GGCCAAUAUUAUUUGCAACACCCACUUUUAAUUGCAAGGUCGUUUGAAUGUAGUCUGGUAGCUGAACCGCCACACCAGGCGCUGAAUACUGCACUGUGUAUCGGCGGGGAUCAGGCGGCUAUUUUGUUUACAGUUUUUGACAGGUUGAUAAACAACAUGGGGAACACGUGUGUGACUGUGAAGGAGAGGGAAUAAUUUGAAUGUGGCACUAUCGCUUGUUGGGGAAAUAACUUAAAUACGAAAAUCGACAUGACUAGAAAAACUUGGACAUGAAAAACGACCGGCUAAUGGCGAAGCCCGUGGAAGUUGUGAUGCUGUUUGGACCUCCUUUUGCUGGGAAAACAGCAUACUGCAAGCACCACCUAAGUACAAGUCAUGAGAGAAUAUCCGCCAUCGAUCAGUUCAAAGAAGAUCCUACUCUCGGACUACGUCAGGUCAUCUUGAAGAUCGUGGCACUGCUGAAACAAGGGAAGAGCGUUGUCAUUGAUGAUGAGAACUGGUCAAGGAGCACACGACAAUCGUACGUCACAUCAAUAUCAUCCAAGGUUCCUAACUGCAAAUUCCGUUGCAUCAAGUUCAACUCCGAUGGGCCACUGUCCCUCCGCUGGAUGCAUCAAUGGUCUUUGGCUAAAAGUCUGCUGAAUCUGGACGAGACAUCUUUGAACGAUUUGGCUCAGCGUGAAGCAAGGAUAUCACAGUGGCUCGGGGAGGACGUUGCAGGAAAAAGGCCUGAAUUUCCUACCGCACAAGGAGGUCUAAAUCUACAAGACGUACGAGUUAGAUUGACUGCUGAGGUUGAUUAUAAGUUUGAAGUGCCAGCACUCUUCAUACAGUGGGAAGGUAUCGUUCAGCCUAAUGAUGCCAGGACCAACCAAUGCAUGGAGGGGACCAGGGAAGUCCUACAAACCUGGACAUCGUGUAACCCUUGGGGGCGCAUCAUCAUUAUCUCCGGCAGAUCACACUCUGAUGAUUCAACAUCAAGGAUGUCUAGCAAAGAGAUUGUCAUGGACAUGAAGCAGAGCCUUAUGGAACUCUGUCAGUCUGUACCAUGCCCGAUCUAUUCCACCCUCCUCCCUGACCCUAACUCCUCCUCCUCCUCCUUUGCCACGCCCCCUCAACCUGGCCUCCUAGCAUUCCUACAGCGCUUUCACCACAUCCACUUAUGGCAUCGUGGAUCGUUGUACCUCCACCGCACCAAAGAUCAUGCGGACUGCGCGCAAGCGGCCGGGGUGAAGUGCCUCAAAGCGGCCGCGGCCCUGAAGAGCCCUCGCUUGGUCUAUCAGAGCCAAUGCUCUUCCAGGGAUGACGUCAAUUCCAUCUUGAAAGACAUUAAACUGAUUGGUCCAUCUGGGUCGGGUCAGCUGAGGUCAACUCCCAGGAUUCCUCUGUAUUCAGAGACUGUUGCAUCAGGGGACGACGGUUGCUUUUUCCGAGAAUCCAUUUGUGGACGCACUCUUGGAAUCUGCUACAAAGACAGGGAGACUCUCGACAAGUAUCAGGAGCUGUAUGUAGAAACAGCCACUCGCAUCACAGACCCAGGAUCCAGAAUGGUUACCCGUAUUCCAGACAGCCAAGCCACAGAUGGACAAGGACAAAUCGCAAACCAUGCUGACUCUGCGGUCACAAACACCCAAGCAGCACCUAAAUCUGGGACUCAGCAGACCACACGAGAGCCCCCUUCAUGGAUGCUGUCCCAGAGCCUCAAGAAGACCAAGAAAGUUGAUCGCUUGAUGGGCGUUGAAUCGCUGGAGGAUAGUAGUCUCGAGGAGCCACAGAGGAAGAAGAAAAGCGAGGUUCCUCCUCUGCCCAGCACCGUGUACUGCUUGAGUCCAGCCGAGCUGUAUGAGACGGCAUUGCUGAUACUACAGGAGAAUGAGCGUUUGGGUGAUUCUAGCCAGACAGACCUGAAAGAUUCCUCACCAUCUCAAGAAACCCAAGAACCAAGGACGACAACCGAAGAUGCUUCCAAUGCAGGCGACCAAUCAGAGGACUCCACAUCAGCGGAAUCGGCCAAUGAAAUUGACAUGAACUUUGAGGGAAGGGCAGCUAACCUCUUAGACGACAUUUUCAUGGUUGAGUCACCGGCCAUGAAACCACCCCCAAGAAAGACAAAGGUUUCGAAGAAGAGUCGGAAAUCUGCGAAAAGUCCCUCCCUCUGGCCAGAGUGUUAUGUCCCCGAUACUGUAACCAGUGUGCCAGAGACAGCAGGCUUCACUGCAGCAUCUAUAGCACCCAAGGAAUCUACCACUGCCUCUGUAGGUGAGUCUUCGGAGAGGCAGAAAAAAGAGGGGAUGAAAACAAACAGGGGGCCCGAUUUCUCCUUUUUGGAUGAAAUAUUCUGAAAUACUCAACAUUUAAAUAUCAGUUAAUUUUAGGAGAAAAUACUGUUCCAAUAUUUUUGUUCAGUUUUACACAGAAAUGCUUUUAUUGUGAAGUGUGCACCAACAAGCAAGUUAGUUGUUUAUUCAUGCAGACUUGCCCUUUUCAAGCAUUUUCAAAGCUUGCUUGAAAAAUCCCAGCCACCGAUUUCAAGUGAUUUUGAGAGUCUGUCUGGUUUGUUUACAAGUAAACUCCAUUAAGGCAGCGGCUGUAUAACGGAUUGCUAAUUAUUACCACCAAAAAAAAAGAUUCAAUCAGCGUUUUAAGCUGCAGGAGCACUUUGCACGUGCCAUUUUAUGGCGGAAUGCAUAAAACAAAGAGUUGUCAAGGGGGCUUGCUUGGAAUUACCCCCACCUGGCAUUUUUCUCAGCCGUAAAAGUUGAGGAAACUGAGGACGCUUUUUGAGCAUCAUGCAAGUAGACUGGAUGGAAUUUUUGUUCAUCAGGUCACAUUGUGUUUUACUUUUGUUGGGGAGAGAGAAGGUUUAAUUACUCAUCUACUCUUGUGGUUUUUUAGGGGGAAGAGGGAAGUAAUAAAUGUGUGUAAUAAAGUUUUUUUGCUGAAUUACCAUUGCUCUCAGGGGAAAAAAAUGUGUCAGAGUCAUUUUGGUAUAUUUUCAGUCAAAGACAUCCGAGAGUACAGAAGGAAAGGAUGGGACAUGUUCAGUAUCAAUUUUAAAACUUAAAAUUGCCACGCUUCCAAAAUGACCCCCUCCUUGUAUGGAACUAUUUUGUAUAAUGGAAUAGGAAUUACAUGUACCGUUGACAUAUUUUUUGAUCAAGAUUCAAUUAAAUGAGACUUGUAGGUUUGCAUGGUGGACAUGGACAGAGUAUGGAA